AUGAAAGGAAAAAUUAUACUUAAUAUAUUAUUACCACCAAUAUCAAAGUUAUGUUUAGUGAAAACUUUUAAGAUUAUGCCUAGAUCUCAAAAUGCACAUGCUAUUGUAAACGUUGGAUUUAUGUUCGAUUUUGAAAUCAAUUCGAGUAUAAUUAAACAAGUUAAUAUCGUAUAUGGUGGAAUAGCUACUAAUUUUGUUCAUGCUCAGAAAACAGAAGAUAUUUUAGUAGGAAAAGAUCUCUUUACUAAUGAAGCGUUAGAAAUAGCAUUAAGUACCUUAUCUAUGGAAUUAAAUCCGGAUGAAUCACCGCCCGAACCGCAAGCUGCUUUUAGAAAAUUACUGGCAAUAGCUCUCUAUUACAAGGCAGUUUUAUAUUUAUGUCCUGAGAAUAAAAUAAAUCCAACUUUAAAAUCAGGAGGCAAGACACUUAAGAGAAUAAGAUCAAAAGGAAGUCAAGUUUUUGAUACCGAUAAAAGCGUAUGGCCGUUAAAUAAACCAGUACCUAAAUUAGAAGCUUUAGCGCAAUGUAGCGGCGAAGCAAGUUUUUCAAAUGAUUUUCCGAGACAAGUCGAUGAAGUAUUUGCAUCAUUUGUUACCGCUGAUGUAAAUCCGGGCAGUAUAUUAAGUGACUUCGACACGACCGAAGCAUUUAAAGUACCUGGUGUCAUAGCAUUUUAUACCGCCAAAGAUAUUCCUGGUGAAAAUUCAUUUUUACCUUCUAACAUUCCCAUUUUAUCUCAAAAUGAAGAAAUUCUCUGCUCAAAAGAAGUAAAAUUUUACGGUCAACCAGCUGGUAUUAUUGUGGCGGAUAGACAAAAAACUUCGUAUAAAGCAGCUAGUCUUGUAAAGGUACAUUAUGUUUCGAUAAAUAAAAAUAAACCGUUACUGAACAUUGAUGACGUUUUAAAAUCAAAUGAGAAAGAAAACAGAGUUAAAACAGACCACAUUGUUGAACCAACUGAUAAAGGCAAUGAAGUAAAAUCUGUUCUUUACGGAAAUAUCAAUUUUGAAACACAAUAUCAUUAUUACCUUGAGCCUCAAACAUGUGUCGUGACUCCUACUGAAGAUGGACUAGCAGUAUACUCAUCUACGCAAUGGCUUGACGUUACGAAUGUAGCGGUCGCACAAUGUUUAAACAUUCCAGUUAAUAGUAUCAAUGUAAUCGUGCGUCGUGUUGGUGGAUCAUAUGGAGGUAAAAUAACUCGAUCAAGUCAAAUUGCAUGUGCAGCAGCUAUAGUAUCACAUUUACUUGGAAAAACUUGUAGAUUCGUACUAUCGUUAAAAGAUAAUAUGAAGAUUGUUGGAAAACGAAUACCAACAAAUUGCAAUUUUGAAGUCGGAAUUGAUAAUGAAGGAGUAAUACAAUAUUUAAAAAACAAAUUCUAUCAAGACAAUGGUUUUUCGUGGAAUGAUACUAUCACAUUUUUAACACAAAAUCAUUUUCGUAGUUGCUAUGAUACUAGAAGGUGGUAUAUCGAAGCUAAUAGUUUCAUUACUGACACUCCUUCUAAUACAUGGUGUAGAGCACCUGGCUCAACUGAAGGAAUUGCAAUGAUAGAAUAUAUCAUGGAACAAAUUUCGCACCAUACGGGUAAAGACCCGAUUGAUACCCGACUUUUGAAUAUGAUUAAAGAAAAUAAUCCCAUUCCCGAAUUGAUGGAACAACUUAAGGUCGAUUCUAAUUAUGAAAGUAGACUGGCAGAUGUAAAAAUCUUUAAUAAAAAUAACCGCUGGAAGAAACGCGCUAUUAAAUUAAUGCCGAUGACUUAUGAAAUAUUUUACAUUGGUCCAUAUAAUGCCAUUGUAUCAAUAUAUCACGCUGAUGGUUCUGUAGUUAUUAUUCAUGGUGGUAUAGAAAUGGGACAGGGGCUCAAUACGAAAGCAGCACAGGUCUGUGCUUAUAUUUUGGGCAUACCUCUUGAGAAAGUUAGCGUUAAACCAAGCAGUAGCUUUACAUCGCCAAACGUAAUGACUACUGGAGGCAGCGUUGGAAGUGAAUGCAUUUCGUUCGCAGUUAUAAAGGCUUGUGAAAUUAUUUUAGAGAGAUUGCAACCAAUAAAAGAGAAAAAUAAAAACGCUAGUUGGAACGAAAUAGUACAAGAAGCUUACCUUUCAGGGAUUUGUUUACAGGCAUCACAUACAUAUUCAACAUCAGAUCCUUUAGCCCCAUAUGAUAUUUAUGGUAUCGUUGUCUUGGAACUCGAACUCGAUAUACUAACUGGAAACCAUGAUAUUCUCAGAGUAGAUUUACUUGAAGAUACUGGUAGAAGCUUAAGCCCCGAAAUUGAUAUUGGACAGAUUGAAGGGGCAUUUGUUAUGGGUUUGGGCUAUUGGACUUCUGAAAAAAUUGUUUACGAUCCAGCAACCGGAAGAAUUUUAACUGAUCGUACUUGGACUUACAAACCGCCAGGUUUAAAAGAUAUCCCUGCUGAUUUUAGAAUCUACUUCAGAAGAAAUUCUAACAAUAAACAUGGAGUUCUCCAAUCGAAAGCUACUGGUGAGCCAGCACUUUGCUUAGCAGCUGUUGUGACUCAUGCAUUACGCGAAGCUAUACGCUCGGCUCGAUUGGACGCCGGAUAUGAAGACCAAUGGAUUAAUCUAGGACAUCCUUGUACAGUAGAAAAUAUAUUUAUGGCAAUUGGACACAAGCUGGAGCACUUCAAGCUAACUUAA